GCUCUGCAGUCUCAGCUCUGUACAGACUCCUCCUGCAGCAACACCAUGAAGCUCUGUGCAUAUACCCUCUCUCUCCUCCUGUUUGUAGCUGCCUUCUGCACUCCAGCGUUCUCAGCACCAAUGGGCUCUGACCCUCCCACUUCCUGCUGCUUUUCUUACACCUCUUCGCAGCUCCCUCGCAAAUUUGUGAUAGACUACUAUGAGACCAGCAGCCUCUGCUCCAAGCCAGCUGUGGUAUUCCUGACCAGAAAAGGCAAACAAGUCUGUGCUGACCCCAGCCUGCCCUGGGUCAACGAGUACAUGAAUGACUUGGAGAUGAACUGAGCUUCAGGAGGAGCCACGUCAGGGAGGGUCUCCUGAGCCCCGACACUUUCCGUGGAGAAGUUCCUUGCUCUUCCA